AUGUUAAUGUGCAUGCGUGUAUGGCGGGCAGGUGCGCGCGUGCGACGGCGGGGCGCCGGCGCGCUGCAGCGUGGCGCGCGCGCGCGCGUGCGGGCGGCGCGCGCGGGCGGCGGCGCGGCGCCGCGCGUGCGCGCUGUGGCGCCGCUGCAGGCCGCCGAGCUGGACGCGCCCGGCUUCCUGCUGGCGCUGCUGCAGGCCUCCGACCCCGACGGGGAUGCGCUAUACUAUGAUAUAGUUGGUGGUGACCCCCGGCAUCAGUUCUAUAUAGGGCGAGAGGACGGCAGCCUGGUGCUGGCGCGCCGCCUGCUGUGGGAGGAGCAGGCGCAGUACGCGCUCAACGUGUCCGUCACCGAUGGACUCAACACGGUUUACACAUUAGUGAACAUAACAGUGAUCAACGACGCCAACGAGGGCGGCGUGACGUUCUCACGCAGCGAGUACGUCGCUGAGGUGUCGGAGGCGGCGCGCGCGGGCGAGGCGCUGCUGACGCUGACGGCGCGCGCGGGCGCCCCGGGCCUCGCGGCGCCGCGCCUGCUGUACGGGCUGGCGGCCGCGCGCGCGCCGCGCGACCUCGCGCUCUUCCGCCUGCACGAGCUGUCCGGCGUGCUCGAGCUGGCGCGCCCGCUCGACAGAGAGACGGCGUCCGUCCACGAGCUGACCGUGUGGGCGCGCGACCAGGCACCGCGCGCGUCCGUGGCGUACGCGCGCGUGACGGUGCGCGUGCACGACGCGGACGAGCACGCGCCGGAGUGGGGCCGGCGCCUGUGGGAGGCGCGGCUGGCGCGCGGCGCGGCGCCGGGCGCGCUGGUGGCGCCUCUGCGCGCGGCCGACCGCGACGCGGGCGACGCGGCGCGCGUGCAGUACGCGCUGGCGGGCGGCGCGGGGCUGUUCGCGGUGGACGCGCUGGGCGACGUGCGCCUGGCGCGCGCGCUGCCCGCCGCCGGCCCGCGCGACUACACGCUGCACGUGCGCGCCUCCAACCCGCCGCCCAGCACGCGCUCCUCAACGCUGCCGCUGCACAUCCUGAUCGUCGAACCGGAUGACGCACCGCCUAGGUUCACGUCGGACGACGUGGUGUGCGAGGUUUACGAGAACGAGCCGGCGGGCACGGUGCUGGCGGCGCUGGAGGCGCGCAGCGCGUCGGCGGUGUGGUACUCGCUGCGCGGCGGCGCCGGCCUAUUCGCGCUCAACCCCGCGGCCGGCGUGCUGUCGCUGGCGGCGCCGCUCGACUACGAGGCCGGGGACCUGUACAAUGUCACCGUCACAGCACUCAACAUGGGCGGUGGCAGCGCCGAAGCACACGUCACCAUACAUGUCCUAGAUCGUAACGAAUUUCCGCCGAUUCUACUUCGUCGAGAGUAUCACGGACGAAUUUCAGAGGCGGCAGCCGUGGGCGCGCUGGUGCAGGACGCGGGGCGCGAGGCGGGCGCGCCGCUGGUGCUGCAGGUUGCGGACGGGGACUCGCCCGCCAAUGCGCAGCGCGCCUUCGAGAUUCUCGACCCCGGCGCCGCCGCGCUGUUCCGCCUCGACGCCACCACCGGCGCGCUGCAGCUCUCCGCCGCUUUGGACUACGAGACCGCCCAGAUACAUCGCUUUACCGUCAAAGUCGUAGACAUGGGAAAUCCAAAGUUGCCUUCGGACAGUAUCGCAAAAGUAACCGUCGAAGUGAUCAACGUCAACGACUGCCCCCCGACGUUCGAGCAGGCGUCGUACGAGGCCACGGUGCUGCUGCCCACGGCGGCCGGCGUGCGCGUGCUGGCGCUGCGCGCGCGCGACCGCGACGGCGACGCGCUCAAGUACGAUAUCAUGGAGGGCGACGCGCGCGGCGCCUUCGCGCUGUCGGCGGGCGGCGAGCUGCGCGUGGCGGCGCCGACCGCGCUGGCCGCGCUGGGCGCCGCGCCGCGCCUGCGCGUGCGCGUGUCCGACGGCCUGUACUCCGGCACGGCGCGCGUCGACGUGCACGUGCGCGAGCCCGACAACUCCGGCCUGGCUUUCCAGAAAGCGGACUACUACGGAUCCGUCGUCGAGAAUUCGACUAAGCCUGCCACCGUUGCCGUUCUGAACGUACUCGGGGCGGCGCUCAACGAGCACGUCGAGUUUCGCAUACUAAAUCCUAUUGAAGGUUUCGAGGUGGGUACGACAUCGGGAGCAGUGCGUAGCACCGGCGUGGCGCUGGACCGCGAACAGCGUGACUCGUACACACUGCUGCUGCAGGCGCGCAGCGCGGCGGGCGCGGGCGGCGGCGGCGGGCGGGUGGCGCACGCGCGCCUGCACGUCACCGUCACGGACGUCAAUGACAACUGCCCCGUGUUCACGGAGCGGCCCUACGUGGCGGCGGUGCUGGCCGGCGCGGACCCCGGCGAGCCGGUCAUCCGAGUGCACGCCGUCGACCUCGACGCCAAUGAUAACGGAGAGGUUCGGUAUGAAAUGAAACGAGGACACGGCGAAUUGUUCCGCGUGGAUCGCCGCACCGGUCAGAUAACAUUAAAGCAGACCUUGGACGCACAUAAUCAGCUAUAUACGUUGGUCAUCGCGGCUUUCGACGGCGGCACGCCGGCGUGCGGCGCAGAGGCGGAGGUGGCGGUGCGCGUGUGGGGCGGCGGCGCGGCGCCGGCGUGGCACGCGGCGCACGAGGCGCGCUCCGUGCGCGAGGACGCGGCGCCGGGCAGCGCGCUGGGAGCGCCGCUGCAGGCGCACUCGCCGCUCGGCCGCCAGCUCAUCUACACGCUGCACGACGGCGCCACCGACCUCUUCGAGAUACACUUCGAUACAGCGCCCGACAGAGGGAGUGGUCCGUGCUCGCUGGUGGCGCGCGCGGCGCUGGACCACGAGGCGGCGCCGCGCCACGCGCUGACGGUGCGCGCCACGGACGGCGUCACCGGCGCCUACGCCGACCUCGCGCUCACGCUCACCGUGCUCGACGUCAACGACUGCGCGCCCGAGUUCGACCACGACGAGUACCGCGCCAACGUGUCCGAGGCCGCGGCCGUCGGUGACCUCGUGCUGCAGGUGCAUGCGGACGACGCAGACAGCGGCGCAAACGGUGAAGUGACUUAUUCCUUAUCGUCGUGGGGCCCCGCGGAUGCGGGUGACGAGGCGGAGGCGUCGUUCGCGGUGGACGCGGCGACGGGCGCGGUGCGCGUGGCGGCACCGCUGGACCGCGAGCGCCGCGCCGCGCACCACCUGCUGCUCACGGCCAGUGACGCCGGCCGCCCCCAGCUACUUACUACCGCGCAUCUCUUCAUAAUCGUGGAAGACGUGAACGACUGCGCGCCGCGCAUGGAGCGCGGCGUGGUGGCGGCGCUGGUGUCGGAGGAGGCGGCGCGCGGCACGGCGCUGGCGCGCGUGGCGGCGUGGGACGCGGACGCGCGCGACGCGGGCGCGCUGCGCUACGCGCUGGCCGGGCCCGGCGCGCGCGCGCUGGCCGUGCACGCGCGCACCGGCGUUCUGUCACUGCUGGACGCGCGCCUCGCCGCCGCGCGCUCGCUCAACGUGUCGGUGUCGGACGGCGCGCACGCCGCCUUCGCGCGCGUCAAGCUCUCGCUCGCGCCCGCCAACCGCGCGGCGCCGCACUUCCCGCACCUGGUGCACGAGGCGCGCGCGCUCGAGAACCAGCCGCCGCCGCUCCUCCUCACCACGGUGAAGGCGUACGACGACGACCUGGGCGAGUACGGAACCAUCACGUACUCCAUCCCGUCGGCGAAGUUGCGGGAGACGUUCGCCAUCGACGCGCAGAGCGGCGCGCUGACUACGCGCGUGCCGCUGGACCGCGAGCGGCGUGCCGAGUGGGAGGUGCCGGUGACGGCCAGCGACGGCGGCGGGCGGCUGCGCCACACGGCUGUGCGCGUGCGCGUGGCCGACCUCAACGACCACGCGCCCGAGUUCCCGCUGCGCGAGUACCGCGCCGCCGUGCGCGCCGACCGCGCGCCGCGCGCGCCAUUCCUCACGCUGGCGGCGGCCGACGCCGACGCCGGCGACAACGCGCGCCUCACCUACUCGCUGUACGAGGGUGAGCUGGACUCCGACGCCGCCGGCCUCUUCGCCGUGGACGCGCUCACCGGCGCGCUCUCCUUCGCGCGCAACGCCUCCGCCUUCGGCGGGCGCACGGUGCAGGUGUGGGUGCGCGCGCGCGACGGCGGCGGGCUGGCGGGCGAGGCGGGCGUGGCCGUGAGCGUGCUGGCGCCGGCGCAGCGCGCGCCGCGCCUGGCGCCGCCGCCGCCCGACGUGUUCCUGCCCGAGGACGCGGCGCCCGGCACGCUGGUGGCGCAGCUGCGGCCGGCCGGCGCGCCCGCGCUGCCCGCGCUGCGCCUGGCGCCGCCCGCGCGCGCCACUGACCUGUUCGCGCUGGACGCCGCCGGCCGCCUCGUGCUCGCUGCGCCGCUCGACCGGGAGACCGCGCAGGAACAUGUUAUCGGUAUCAUAGCAGAAGGGCCGGGCAGCCCCGCGCCCGCCACCAUGGUCAUCACGCGCCUGCACGUGCUGGACGUCAACGAGCACGCGCCCGUCUUUCACUCGCAGCCCUACGUGGUGCAGCUCGCCGAGAACACGCCGCCGCACUCCAGCGUGCUACAGUUGAUGGCGGACGACCCGGACUCGGGGUCUAACGGCGAAGUGAAGUUCUCGCUGGGCGAGACGGAGGAGGCGGUGCCGUUCGCGGUGGACGCGGACAGCGGCUGGGUGACGACGACGGCGGCGCUGGACCGCGAGGCGCGCGCCGAGUACCGCCUACCGCUGCUGGCCACCGACGCCGGCGCGCGGCGCCGCUCCGCGCGCGGCGCGCUCGUCGUGCGCCUCGUCGACUACAACGACUGCCCGCCACAGUUCACGCAGGACACCUACACGGCCGAGGCUUGCAUCCCAGAAGCAUAUGACAAUUACAUUAGGCGCGCUGAAAGUAAUAUCAAAGCCAAUCCUUUAGGUUUUUGGGAUUACAUCAGUAGUUUGCGGGUUAAAGGGGGAUUUGAGCCUAACGUUACUUUAAAUGGUUGCAUGCACUCCGGAGUAGAUGCAGUCGAAGCCUUUGCAAAUUUCUUUGCAGACGUGUUCUUAUCUGAGGUGCCAAAGCUAACUGUGGAUGAGGUGCGCGAGGACGCGGCGGCGGGCACGGUGGUGGCGCGGCUGGCGGUGCGCGACGCGGACGCGGCGGGCGCGCCGCUCAGCUACUUCGUGGCGGCGGGCGACGCGCGCGCGCGCUUCCAGCUGCGCGCCUCGGGCGAGCUGUACGUGGCGCGCGCGCUGGACCGCGAGGCCGCGCCCGCCUACGCGCUGUCCGUGGCCGCCACCGACGGCAAGUUCACCGCCUACACCACCGUGCACAUCACCGUGCUCGACGUCAACGACAACCCCCCGUACUGCGUGCGGCACCGCUACCGCGUGCGGCUGGCGGAGGACGCGGCGCGCGGCACGCGGCUGCUCACGCUGCUCACGCGCGACGACGACGAGCCGCACAACGCGCGCCUGCGCUACUUCCUCACCGGCGACCACGCCGACCACUUCACCAUAGACAAGGAGACGGGCGUGGUGAGCGUGGCGGCGGCGCUAGACCGCGAGGCGCUGGGCGCGUACCAGCUUACGGCGCACGCGCAGGACCGCGAGCGCGCGGACUGGGAGUGCAGCUCGCAGCUGGAGGUGGCGCUGGACGACGUCAACGACAACGCGCCGCGCUUCUCCGCGCCGCUCUACAGCGUCACGCUGCCCGAGGACGCCGAGCUCGGCACGCUCGUAGCUAAGGUACAUGCCACGGAUGAUGAUUUGGGAGAAAACAGACUGAUUCGCUACUCGUUCGCCGAAGAAGUUAAUGACGCAUUCGAGCUCGCGGCCGACAGCGGCAUCAUCACCCUGCGCGCGCCGCUGGACCGCGAGACGCAGGCCGAGCACCGCCUCGUGUUGCGCGCCGUCGACGCCGGCCGCCCGCCGCGCUCCGCCACCGCCACCGUGCGCCUCACCGUCGCCGACGUGAACGACAACCCGCCCGAGUUCGAGUUCCGGCAGUACCGCGCCGCCGUGCCCGAGCUGCACGCGCCCGGCGCCGAGCUGCUGCGAGUGCGCGCCACCUCGCGCGACACCGGCGUCAACGCCGACGUCUACUACUCGCUCGUCGGCGGCGACGACCGCGACGACUUCGCCGUGCAUCGCUCCACGGGCGUCCUCACUAUAGCCAAACCGCUCGACUACGAACGCCGCAAAGAGUACUUCCUGACGGUGCAGGCGGUCGACGGGGGCUCGCCUCCUCUCAGUGAUCACGCGACUAUCAACAUCACCGUGACGGACAGCAACGACAACGCGCCCGUGUUCUCGCAGGCGUCAUACGGCGCGAGGGUGCGCGAAGAUGCCGCGAUGGGGACCCGCAUCGUGCAAGUGAUCGCGGACGAUGCCGACGCGGGGGCUAACGGCCGCGUGUCGUACUCCAUAGCGCGCGGAGACCGCGCCGGCCGCUUCGCCGUGGACGCGGACACCGGCUACGUGUGGGUGGCGGCGCCGCUGGACCGCGAGGCCGACCCCGCCUACGUGCUGGAGGUGCGCGCGCGCGACCGCGGCGUGCCCGCGCUGGAGGCCACAGCGCUGGUCAACGUCGAAGUACUCGAUGCCAACGAUAACCCUCCAGUAUUCGAACAUAAUAAUUAUACGGCCGUCGUGCAAGAAGAUAAACCCCUGGGACACACCAUUCUCAAAUUCGUCGUCGAAGAUGCGGACUCUCCUCCUAACGCAGCACCAUAUACAUUCGAUUUUCAGUCUGGCAAUGAAAUGGGUGCUUUUCGCUUGGAGCAAGAUGGUUACUUGCGUUCGGCGACACGUUUCAACCAUCGCAUCAAAGAUCGAUAUAUUUUACAAGUGCGUGUAUUUGAUAACGGAACACCGCCACUAUUUUCUGACGCGUGGGUAUAUAUAAAAGUCAUCGAAGAAUCACAAUAUCCACCGGUGGUGACUCCUCUCGAGAUCGUUGUUAAUUCAUACCUCGACGAAUUUCCAGGCGGUGUUAUCGGACGCGUCUUUUCAUCAGACCGUGACGCUUACGACUCCGUUUCCUAUGCGCUAGUUCCUGUGGAUGGCGCUCCGUAUCCAGCUAACGACUUAUUUGAAAUCGACCCUCAAGAUGGCACACUACGUGCCGCACCUCGCCUCGACGUGGGAGACUAUCGUCUGAAUGUAACCGUUAAUGAUGGAAAAUUCAUCGGUUUCGCGAUCGUUCGUAUAGCAGUCGUCUUAAUAUCCGACGAGAUGCUCUCUCAAGCUGUUGUAGUGCGGUUCCGAGCAGUUACGGAUAGGGAUUUCGUUUUAAGCCAUAGAAAGGGAUUUGUACGCGCAGUGAGCGAGGCAACUGACUGUGAACUGAAUGAUGUAAUUAUAAUUAGUGUACAGCAGUCGGGAGAAGAUACAGAGACGGAACCUGCAAGAGUGAAACGUCAAGUCGCUCAAGACUUAGACGUAGCCUUCGCAGUUCGCUCGCCCGGAGCCGACGGAUUCUUGCUCGCCGACGCGCUGCGGCGCCGGCUGCACGCGCACGUCGAGCGCCUGGAAGAGCGCACGCGCCUCGUGGUGGAGGAGCUGGUGCGCGCGGCGUGCGGCGGCUGCGUGCACGGCGCCUGCGCCGAGCGCGUGCAGCUGCGCGCCGGCGCCGCGCGCGCCGUCGCCGCCGACGUGUUCGCGCUCGUGGCGCCGCCGCACCGCCUGCGCAGCGAGUGCGCCUGCGCGCGGGGCUACACCGGCGACCGCUGCGAACGCGCCUACAACGAAAUCGAUGGAAGCUCGAGUGGAACUUGCGAAUGCGAUGCCACUAACUGUGACCCUGCGCUAGUACCUCCCGGGUAUCGUUGCUGCGAAGAAGACUGUCGACCGCCAGCCUCUGUAGCACACCUGGCCGGUGACGGCUACCUCGUCUAUCGGUUGGAACGCGGAGUCGUGGAAGGCUCCCGUCUUCUCGACGAUGAGCUCGUCGUGUCACUGCGGUUCCGCACGCGAAGCCCCCGCGGCACGUUGCUGUACGCGGCGGGGCGCGUGGACUACGCGGUGCUGGAAGUGGUGGAGGGACACGUGCAGUUCCGCAUGGAGCUGGGUGGCGGCGAGGCGCGGCUGCGCGCAGGCGGGCCGGUGACGGACGGCGCGUGGCACGAGCUGCGCCUGGAGCGGCGCGGCGCGGGCGCGCGCCUGGCCGUGGACCGGCGCGCGGCGCAGGCGCAGGCGCCGCCGCCCGCCGCCGUGCUAGACGCGCGCGCCGACCGCCUGCUGCUCGGCGCUAUGCUGCAGCGACACGCGCACGCCCUGGCACCGGAACAGGUAACUUACGGAUUCCACGGCUGCAUUUCGGAUAUAAAGCUCGGAGGAGCGACCUUACCUCUCGACGAGGGCGGCACGUCGAACGACGGGCGCGCGCAGCUGGUGCGGCGCGUGCGCGUGCGCGUGGCGGCCGCGUGUCCCGCGCUGCCGCCGCCCGGGCCCUGCGCCGCGCAGCCCUGCCUCAACGGCGGCUCGUGCCGCGAGGACGCGGGCGGCGUCGAGUACGAGUGCGCCUGCCACGACCGCUUCCGGGGCCGCCACUGCGAGGUGGACUCAGACCCGUGCGCAUCGCAGCCCUGCCUGCACGGCGCGCUGUGCUCGGCCGAGGACGGCGCGUUCCGCUGCGCGUGCGCCGCGGGGCUGUCGGGCGCGCGCUGCGAGCGCGGGCGCUGGUGCGCGGCCGGCGUGUGCGCGCACGGCGGCGCGUGCGAGGAGGGCGAAUGGGGCCCGUCGUGCCGGUGCCGCGGGUACUACGGCCCGCGCUGCCAGUACGACGUCGACGAGUGCGUCGGCGAGCCCUGUCUCAACGGAGCCACGUGUCUCAAUGAGCCAGGCUCCUUCCGUUGUCUAUGUCCGCCUGAUAAAACUGGUAUGAACUGUGGCAACCCAUUGUACUCGGACGCUGUGGUGGCGGGCGAGGCGGCGGGCGGCGGGCGCGUGCUGCGCGAGCUGUGGGCCUGGGCGCUGGACGCGCGCUGGCCGCUGGGCGCGGCGGCGGGCGCGCUGCUGCUGCUGCUGCUGCUGGCGCUGCUGCCGGCGGCGCGGCGCUGCCGGCGCGCGCGGCCGCCGCCGGCGCCGCUCAACAGCGCCAUGGACAAGCUGCCGCCGCGCGCCUCCAAGCUGUCCAACCUGGAGGCGGUGCGGCGCGGCCGACCCGCCUCCUGCGCCGACCCACCGCCGCUCAACAACAUCGACACGCUGCGCUCCUACGGCUCCGCCGGCGACGAACUGGAAGGCAUCCCCCCAGACUAUCUGCGUAAUUUAAACAUCGAACCAGUCGACCGAAAACCCUGGUCCGAGCAAAUGCAUCUGCAGACGUUUGUAGAUAAUAAAAUUUACAACGAUUUGAAAAGCUGCAACACACGUGUGCGCGUGCCGUCGCCGGCGAGCGCGCGGCGGCCGGGCGGCGGCGCAGGCGCGGGCGAGCCGCACCUCGUGGGCGGCUACCACUGGGACUGCUCGGACUGGUGCGGCGGCGGCGGCGCGCUGCCCGGCAUCAGCGAGGUGGCGGGCUCCGAGCGCCCGGACUCCUCCUCGCCGCCCUCCCCGCCCUCGCCGCGCUCCCCGCGUCCGCCGCGCCUCUCGCCGCGACGCACUCUCCCUCUCGCCUUCGAUACAGACUCGGCGACUGACGAUCACGAUCCUUUACGUUUUACUGAUGCAUCGUCAUAUCUUCUCAAUGUUGAAGAAUACUCUCCUGCCGGCGACGACGGUACGCUACGAGCCCGCGUCGUCCGCGAGCCCGACGCGCACAGCCUCAUUACGAUGCUCGAAGAGCGGCAUUCGCUGCUGGGCGACGGCGGGUCGUGCAGCGACCUGUCCGCCAACCUGUGCGAGAUCGAGGACUCGGAGGCGGAGGGCGAGGAGGCGCCGGCAGUGCCGCCGCCGCCGCCGCGCCAUACGGACGUG